CUAGAAGUAACUGCUGUUCACUACUCGUACUCGAGGGAACAAAGACCUUCGCCAAAUUCUACGACACUAGAAGACGUUCUCGAUUCUUUAUUGGGUUUGCCACCGUCUACGCGAGCUCCAAGUCCCAGUCUCGCAGAGACGGCGUCAGUUAAUACGAGCCCAGGUCGUCUGGGGGAGGAAUCUAGGGCGGCAGAACAGUACCGAAGGCACAGCGAAGGAAGCGACACUGUCAGUCAAAAACCGCAACACUCUACUUUCCAACGACGUAUUAGUUUCGAUUCUACGCCCCUCAUUAGGUGUCGAUACAACCGAUGUGGUAAAACCAUUCCAGUCACCAGUUCGGAAGCACGUGAUUUUAAAAAUUGUCACAACUGCUCGUAUACCUACUGUUCUCGCCAAUGUAGACGAGCUCACUGGGAGAAACACAGGAAGAUAUGUCUUUUUUCCCGAAUUGGCUCCCUUUGUAGGCAGGUACUUACGUCUGUUAAAGAAAAUGCGGACAGUCUUCUUCAAAUUUCUCUGGUAGCUCGAAGAGGAUAUUUGGCAAAAGGGCCAGGAGCCGUAAAAUGUUUCUUUCCUUGUCCCGAAAAUGCAGAAAAGUUUCUGGUGGAAGGAUUACCAGCUCUAGGUGACUUGACUUAUGUCGCCAGGGCGGAUCUGCUUCCAUCCGAAAUGGGUUCGCAAAUGUAUUCGGAAAUAAUGAAGAUGUGCAAAAAUUAUAAUCCAGAUUCAAAACUGGUCCUUUACGUAUCAGUAUGUGUAGUUUCCGAAGCUCCUACAGCUGGUUCGGUUAAAUGGGAGCGGCAGUUGGUAUCAAGAUGUGCUAAAAUGCGCCUAAGUAAAAACGUCCCCUUGCCUGGACGGGACGUAGACAUUCCAGAAACAUACAUUUUCACGUGUGUUCCAACUUUUGACGAAAAAAUGCGCGAAGAAAUUGUCAACAGACUGGCCAACGAACUGGGACUUUUAGGAGUCAAUUUACAGCGGAAAUAUCCUGAAAUUCAUGGUCAACUUCAGUCAUUUGCUUCACGGAACUUUGAACGGUUCACACCGAUAACGGUCUAUCCUUAUGUCGAACAAACCGGGAAAUGUUUCAUGUGUAUUAUUAUGCUGGAUGCGGAACCUGACAGUGUACGCCAAGUGGCCGCAGCCGGAAUACAAGCAAGGACUAUAAAUCUUCGAUAAAAAGUCUUUCUUAUAACAAAAAUUAAUGAUUAAC